AUGGCUCGAGAUUCCGACCGGAUGGAUUUGCAUGCUGAUGAUGUUUUAUUUGGUCAAGAGAAUGAUGUUUUUGGUUUUGAAUCUUCAUUGAUGUCCAAUGUUAAUCCCGCUGUUUCUUUCUCUGAAACUCUAAUUGGUGGUGUUGGAGGAAUCAAUAGUUCAAUGGGGAUGUUUUCUGGGAGUGAUAUGGUUGGGUUUCAUAUGAACUCGGGGUGUAAUGUUAGUGAAAAAGAGGGUUUUUAUCAAGAAAAUUUUAAUGGAUUGGGGGAUGGAGGAAUGUUGGGUGUUGUUGAUGGAGGGUGUGAUGGGAAAGUAGGAAAGUUUUCACAUGGGUUGGUGCAGAAUGAAGAUGAGACAAUUUUGAGUCAAAGUACUGGUGGAGGUUGUGCAGAGUUUCGUAAAGAUUUGGUUUUUGGAUUGAACAAUGGUGUUCAGAUUGAACAUGCGGCGAAGGUUUCAGAAGUGUCAUUGGAUAUGGAAGAUUUGUUUUCAAGAAAGUCCUUUCUGUCAGAUGCACAAGAGGAUGAUAAUGUGAUAAAGGAUUCGGUGUUUUCGGAUGUUAAUUACCGCAUAUCUGAUUUAGUAUGGGGAAAGGUUAGGGGGCACCCUUGGUGGCCUGGUCAGAUCUAUGAUCCCGCAAUUGCAUCAGAGACGGCAAAGAGUUACUGGGAAGAGGAUUGUUACCUGAUAGCAUAUUUUGGGGGUCAAAAAUUUGCUUGGAAUGAAGUGUCAACGAUAAAGCCAUUUUAUAAACAGUUCUCCGAAAUGGCGAAACAGACUGAUUGUGAAAGUUUCCGCUUCGCUGUUGAUUGUGCUCUAGAGGAAGCCUCAAGACGGGUUGCGUUAGGCCUGUCUUGUCCUUGUUUGCCCGAAGAAGUGUCUUCUAACCUGAAGACGGAAGUAGUUGCUAAUGCUGACAUCUGUAAUCAAUCUUUUGAACCUGCAGAACUUGUCAGUUUUGUGCAAUCAUUAGCUCAGUCACCACUUACUGAAUUUGAUAGACUGGAUUUGGCAAGGGCUCGUGGCCAAGUGUCGGCUUUCUAUCGCUCAAAAGGCUAUUCGCAGCUGCCUGAGUUUGCAGUGCAUGAUCGGUUGUUUGUACCUGAUAUGGAAACUCUACCUGUAAGAGAAGAAGAGCGGUGCAAUGGUCAAGUUUUGAAAACAGGUCAAUGCUUUUUGCCAGAUUUGAUGUCUGAGAAGAACUCACGGACUCCAUAUGGUGAACUUACUCUAGAAAAGAAAGCUGGUGGGAAUUUCACUUCACGACGUGGCAGGAAACGGAAGACGUCUCAGGAACCUUCUUAUGAUUGUUUCCAGGAUGAUAAAUCUACUUCACGACGUGGCAGGAAACGGAAGACGUUGCAGGAUCCUUCUUAUGAUUGUUUUCAGGAUUUCCAAAUUGAAGAUGAUAAAUCUACUUCACGAUGUGGAAGGAAACCGAAGGCAGCAUACAAUACUUCUGAUGAUUGUUUCCAGAAUUUCCAAAUUACUGUUAACAAUUUAACUCCACGCAAGCGUGGCAGAAAACCGAAGGCCACUUACAAUACUUCUGAUGAUUGUUUCCAGAAUUUCCAAACUGCUGUUAACAAUUCAACUCCACGCAAGCGUGGUAGAAAACCGAAGUUAGCUUGCAACACUUAUGACAAUUGUUUCAAUAAUUCUCAAACCGGAAACAGCACCGAAUUUGAGAAUGUAUCAGUACAUGAUAUGUGGUCUCAUCUAUGCUUGGCUGCCAAAGAUCCUGCAGGAGAAAGUUGCUACACUGAUAUGAUACAUUACUUUGCAGAUUUUAGAAAAGUCACUGGCAGAAACAAUUCUGUUUUCCUCGAGCAGGGAUUUUCUUUAGAACAAAAGUGUGAUGGUGAGACUGGAGCAAUAGCCUCUAUAGAAGCCGCUGUAGUAGCUUCUGUGUCGGCACCAAUGGAUGUUGGCUCUAUAGAAGCUGCUGCAGUAACUUCUGUGUCGGCACCAAUGGUUCUUAGCUCUAUAGAAGCUGUUGCAGUAGCUUCUGUGUCGACACCAGUUGAACUUGGCUCUAUAGAAGCUGCUGCAGUAGCUUCAGUCUCAACUGCUGCAGUAGCUUCAGUCUCAACUGCUGCAGUAGCUUCAGUCUCAACUGCUGCAGUAGCUUCAGUCUCAACUGCUGCAGUAGCUUCAGUCUCAACAACACCAAUGCAGCUUUGCAGUGAUUCUUCUUUGGAAGAAGAGACAUUUUUAAAUAAACAAGAAAGAGAGGAAGUUAGCCCUACUACCGGUUUGCACGAUGGAAGUCUAAUAUCAGAACAUUUCACUCAUGUGGAACAACAAAAUCUCAGAUCCGAACCUAUGGAACAUACAAGCAUUUCCGAAGAAGGGACACAGACACAGCCAGAGACACUUUUGAAUAAACAAAACUUGCCACCCGAAGAAAAUACGUAUGGAAAUCUUGCAUCAGAACUUUCCAAUCUCGUGGAACACGCGAGCAAAAGUUCUUCGACAAAUCUUGCAUCAGAUCUUUCUAAUCCGGUGGAACAUGGGAACGAAAGUUCUCCGACAGAACCUUCAAAUCCGGUGGAACAUGCGAACGAAAGUUCUCUGACAGAACCUUCCAAUCCAGUGGAACAUGCGAACGAAAGUUCUCCGACAGAACCUUCCAAUCCAGUGGAACAUGCGAACGAAAGUUCUCCGACAGAACCUUCCAAUCUGGUGGAACAUGCGAACGAAAGUUCUCCGACAGCUUUUAUUUUGAAAUUCACAAACUUCGACUGGGGUCUUUCAGCAACAGAUUUGAACCAGAUAUUUGCCCGAUUUGGGCCGCUAAUUGAAUCAAAGACUGAACUAUUAGAAAGAAAUAAAUGUGUCAGGGUUGUUUUCAAAAGACGCAUUGAUGCAGAAAGUGCUUUUUGCAGUGCAGGAAAUUAUAACAUAUUUGGAGCUUCAUUGAAAAGUUAUCGACUCAAGAUUUUACCUCCUCCUAUGCCAAAGAAAGCCACCGGAAAGAAGCGAGGCAGAAAAAGCAAAAAGGAAAUAGCUUCCAUAGAAGCUGCUGCAGUUUAA